ACAAAAGAGAUUGAUAUCGAAACUGGCGAAAAGUUCAAGUAUGAUAUUGAGCUGCUUAUCGAGUCAACACCCGUCGAGAUUCGGAGAAAGGCAAAGAUGUCGGCGUGGAACCCAUCUCGCCGCCUUGAAAUAUCUCAGAAUUCUACUAUCACCAUCGUCAUUAAAGGAAACAAAUCCGCUCAAUUUUGGAAUAAGCGAGAGUCUGAAGCUACGUUCAAUGGACAAGAAAUAUUCAAUACAUUCUGGGAAUCGAAAGACUCUAUAUCAAACGAUAAGUUUUGGGAAACAAGAAAUAACAUUUGUGCUGAAUUUCAACCCUUCUCCUACGCAGUCGAUAAACUCCAGCUGGCAAUGGAGACGCACCGUCCACUGAUGGGCAUCUUGACACAACAAAGAGUCGAAACGGCCGUCAAAUACGGUACGGCUCUUUCAGAAAUGAAUCCAUUCGCCAAGGCCGCAUUCGCCGUUGUUACUGCCACAUUCGAGCUUUUGAAAGAGCAACAAAAAGGCGAUAGCAUGGUUUCUGAACUUGCUGGCCAAAUUCAACGCGUACUCCCUUUUGCUCAGCAAGCCCUCGAAGAGAUAUUGUAUGAAGAUACCGAGCUUCUGGAAUCGGCUGUAAAGAAUCUAUUCAGUCUCAUUAUGGACGCCGCGGGGGUUAUUUGUGAUUAU